AUGGAUUUCACAGUGGACAACAGAUGGGUUGUUCCCUACAACCCUUGGUUAUUGCUCAAGUUUGAUUCCCACAUCAACCUCGAAUAUUGCGCUUCCAUCGUCAGCGUCAAGUACAUCUUCAAGUACGUCUACAAAGGGUAUGACUGUCUGAAAAUAGAUCAAAAAGUGGGAACAUAUCAGCUCGAAGACGGGGACAAACCCAGGGUGGAGUGGGACGAAAUAACAUCCCAUCUUGAUACGCGGUACGUCAGCGCCCCAGAAGCUUGUUGGCGAAUAUUCAAGUUUCCACUUUCUGACCGUUCGCACGCCAUCUAUCGCCUGGCCGUCCAUUUGCCUCGAGAACAGCCCGUCUUUUUCCAGCCAGGAAACGAAAUGCAAGCCGCCAUGAAUGCCGCCUCGAGAGAUACCAACCUGACUGCUUACUUCAAGUUGAAUUGCAUCGAUGAAGACGCCCGUCAAUAUUUCUACAGAGAAAUACCCCACCAUUACGUUUUCGUCAAGAAAACCAAUUCGUGGAAACGUCGGGCGAAAAGGGCGAAGAUCAUCGGUCGCCUAUACACGGUUGGCGUACGGCAAGUUGAACGUUAUUGCCUUCGGUUGCUUCUCAUCAACGUCAAGGGGCCAACGAGCUUCGAAGAUCUUCGAACGAUUGACCAGGUUGUCCAUCCUACAUUCAAAGCUGCAGCAAUAGCUUGGAAUUUGUUGGAAGAUGACAUCGCUUGGGCUAGAGCCAUGGAAGAAGCGGCAGCAUUUCAAAUGCCUCUUCAGCUGAGGCAGCUCUUUGUCGACAUUUGCCUCUUCUGCAAUCCCUCUGACGCUCUGCAUCUCUUUGAAACCAACCUGACCCAUCUGAUGGAAGACUUCAUAAACAGCGGACUCGAAGUCAACGUGGCCAAGAAUUUGACGUUGAAAUGGAUUCAGGAUAAGUUACGUCUCCACAAUCAGACCAUGGAAGAUCUCUCCUUGCCUAUUCCUGAUUUCUAUCUGAUAAACCAAAUGAUCGAUGUUCAGAUAGAAGAAAACAACGAAAACACUCGAACAGAAAAGAGAAUGAUUGGCGAAAUGCUGCUGGCUCAACUCAACGACGGGCAACGCGCUGCCUUUAAUCAAAUAAUGGCUGCCGUUAACGAUGUCGACAACUUACAUCCGCGACAGUAUUUUCUGGAUGGUCCUGGAGGAACGGGAAAGACUUUUCUCUACAACACCCUCAUAACCGUCCUACAAGGCCAAGGAAAGCAAGUCAUCGCAGUGGCUUCAACAGGGAUCGCAUCGACUUUGUUGCUAGACGGGUCAACUUACCAUUCUCAAUUUAAGAUUUACCCUCCAAUAACAGAGACGACAAGGUCGAAAAUCGAAGAAGGAAGCUACAGUGCGCAAAUGAUCAGGAACGCCAGCCUUAUAAUUUCGGACGAAGCUACCAUGAAAACCAACCACGCCCUCGACGCGCUCAAUCAUCUUUUCCAAACCGUCAUGAAUAAUGGUGUUGAACCCUAUGGUGGUAAAGUUCUCUUGCUCGGUGGGGAUUUUAGGCAGUGCUUGCCCGUUGUGAGACACGGAAACAGAGUCAAAGUCAUGGAAGCGACCAUCAUCAACAACGCUACCUGGCAUCUUUUCCGACAGCUUCGAUUAGUGCAGAACAUGCGCACCGAAGCCAGUAGUCAAGAUUUCGCCGAUUGGCUUAUUCGACUCGGAGACGGAUCCUUGCAACAAACACCGCGACUCAAUGACCCAGAACUCAUCGAAAUUCCGCAAGACUUUCUCAACAUUCGAACAACUUUGAUCGAACACGUAUUUGGAAAUCCAUCGGAUCUCUUAAACGAAGGCGUGACUGAACAAAUUUGUAACCGAGCUAUCUUAUGCCCCAAGAACGAAGAUUGUCUCAGGAUCAACGACAAGAUUAUUGGAGAGAUGCCUGGCGCACUUAAAGUCUGCAAAAGUAUUGACACCAUCGAUUCAGAGGACCCAGAAGAAAUAUCCAACUACCCUCCAGAAAUUUUAAACACCUUCAACGUGUCUGGGUUACCUACGCACCAACUCAAACUGAAAAUAGGAGCUAUCGUCAUUCUCCUAAAGAACAUUGACUCGCGACAGGGACUUUGUAACGGCACGAGGCUCAUCCUCAAGGCACUCCGCGAGAACCUCAUUGUAGCAGAAAUCGCGGCCGGGAAACACAAAGGGCACAAUGUCUUCCUCCCACGGAUGUCCAUGUCUCCCACCGACUCUGACUUGCCCUUCAAACUCAAGAGGUUGCAGUUCCCUGUACUUGUGGCUUUUGCCAUGACCAUAAACAAGUCGCAGGGACAGACCUUCGACCGAGUUGGGAUCUACCUUCCGAAAGCCGUUUUUAGCCAUGGACAGCUUUACGUUGCAUUCUCGCGGGCGACGUCAAGACAAGGUGUCAAGGUUCAGUGCGAAGAAACCGAGAAACAAGGCAAACUGCUUAGAAAUCUUCCGCAUUCUACGGCAGAAGAGAAAAACAAGGUAUUCACCAAAAACGUUGUUUACAAGGAAGUUCUUCUUUAG